AUGAAGAGUGUCAAGAACAAAUUUGCACGUUUGAAACAGAAAAAACCGACUGUGACAGAAGAAGAUGAAUCGUCUGACGGGUAUGAAAACUCCGAAGGGGAGUAUGUUGAGAAACCGAAAUUUUAUCGCUUUGGGGGGUAUCACCCGGUUAAAGUAGGUGAUGAAUACAACGGGUAUGUAGUUCAGUCCAAAUUAGGGUUUGGUCACUUUUCGACGGUAUGGUUAGUCCAAAGGAAAGAGAGUGGGAAAGUAGGAGCGCUGAAGGUAGUUAAAAGCGCGAAGACGUAUACGGAGAUGGCGAUUGAUGAGAUUAAGUUGAUGCAAAAGAUUACGGAUAGCGACAAAGAGUUAAGACAACCCUUGUUACACAUUUUAGAUAACUUUAGUAUUAACGGCCCGAAUGGGACACAUAUCUGUUUAGUCAUGGACGUCGGUGGAUCGAACUUAUUGGACUUAAUUAAAUAUUAUAAGUACCAUGGGAUACCUCUUCCAAGUGCUAAAUAUAUCUCUAAGCAAGUUCUUCAAGCAUUGGACUUCAUUCAUACCCGGUGUGGAAUCAUUCACACCGACUUGAAACCUGAAAAUGUAUUACUCUCAUUCACCGUCCCGAAAAAUUCGGAGGACCCGUUGCCAGAACAUUUCACAACAAAACUCGCAGACUUUGGAAACGCAAAUUGGGUCACUAAAAGAUUCACAGAUGAUAUCCAAACACUCGAAUAUAGAGCUCCUGAAGUCAUUCUGGGACUCCACUGGGGGUGUCCAGUCGAUGUGUGGUCACAUGGAUGUAUGAUCUUCGAAUUAGUAACGGGAGACUAUUUGUUCAAGCCAAAAGGAAGUGAAUCCUUCUCUAUCGAAGAAGACCAUCUGGCUCAGUUCAUGGAGCUCCUCGGGUUCUUCCAAAACCGGUACUUGAAGUAUGCACCAAACGCUCCAAAAUACUUCAAAUCUAAUUUGGAGCUCAAACACAUCCCUAACGCUUCUCUUAAAAUGUGGAAGACUAAGGAUGUACUGAUUGAUAAAUACAAAAUCAAUGAAAGCGACGCUGAUGUGUUGGCGGACUUAUUGGAGAAAAUGCUCAUUUAUGACGAAUUUAAGCGAGCAACUGCAAAAGAGUGUCUUCAGCACGAGUGGUUCAGUGAUGUGACUAUGUCCAUGUGA